AUGAAAAACCCCACAGCGCCACCAGGGAGCUUUAAAGAUGGCUGGAAAGAAUAUAGUUGCAUCCUUAAAAGAUCAGAUAUUCCCACCUACAGCCAGGCCUUAGCAGAGGUCAAAGCUAUGGCCGAAAAAAGUGACACCAGCGAUGCGGAUCCUAUUCCACCACCGCCAAGGCCUUCAAAAAAGAGACUGGCUGCAACCAAAAAAAUUAAAAAUUCUGAUGAAGAUAGGUUCAAUUACAACCAAAUUAUUCAAACGAUCAACACCAAAAAAGAAAUUGAACCCCAACCGCAACAACAAUCUUGGGAAUAUGCGCUUUCCAACUCCCAACCGGUUCAGCAAUGGAACUUUGAAUACCAGCGACAAGAGCAAAAACAGGAAACACAACAGCAACAUCAAUACGAACAACACCCACAUCAACAUGAAUACCAACAAUACCAACAACAAGACCAUCAACAAGAAGACCACCCACAAGGCCACAACAAGACCACCAACAACAACUACAACACCAAACACAGCAACUACGUCAACCGACCCAAAGUCAACCGGAGGAGCAGCUAA